AGCCGACAUGCACUGCGUUUUGUUUCCGCCACCGUCAGCGCGAAGGUUCGCUUUCCUACCAUAACCACUGAAUCGUUGUGUGUUGCAACCUUCCCUACCUAUUUUCUCACCUUAAAUGGUUCAACGUUUUUAACAGUCAUAGUGAGGCCAUCGGAUUUGUUCAUGUUUCCUUCAUCAUCCCUGUAGCGCCUCAUAAAUGUCUUUAUGAUUCGCUCAUUUUCCUUGAGAAGUGGGUUCAUUGCAGACGGUCGAAACAAUGGAUGGGAACCAGGAAAGCAAUGAAUGUCCAGUUUCAGGAAGUUCCGAAGAGCCCCCUGAUUCAAAUAUGAAUGAAAUCUCUGCAAGCAAUAGCAAUACCUGGUUUCAUUUGAAAACUAUAACCACAUUUAAUUCAGACUUCUCAACUCAAACAUGUUCAAGGGAACAGUACCAUUCCCAAAGUGAGAACCAGACAUCCAAUAAUGAAUGUUUGUGUCAAAAAGCUGACUUAGGUGGUAUUAAAAUCAACAAUAAGAAUAUAGAGACAAGAGCUUCCUCUUGCUCAAAAAUUGAAGGAUGCCUUAGAUCAGAACACAUUGAGGUCCUCUCAUCUCCAUUCCAAGAUGUACCUAUACUGCCACUCAAAGACUCAGAAUCUGCUGCCAAAGAGGUGCCCAAGCCAACUCAAAAACACAGAAGAACGAGACGUAGAAGCCAAAGUAAUAGUUUAUCAGAAGGCCACCUUCCUCAUGGUAUUGCAGCGGACCCAGUUAGUCACUUUUCAGUAAGCUCUAGUUCACAUCGAAACGGCACUGUGAGUGAUGUUGGUGCUGUUAAUCCUACCAGUGAUAGCAUGAGGCCCUGCACACCAACUCCUGUUCAAAGUUUGACUCGUUUUUCCCCAACAAGUUUACUUGUUGAGUCCUUGAUUGAUCAACUUUGUAAAUUGAUGGAGAAAGACAGUGGAAAGCAAAAAAAGCUGUAUCAUGUCAUAUGUGAAAGACUUCAUCAAAUGCGACUCAUUGAUGAUACUUACACCAUUGAAGAAUUCCAAUUCAUGCGAAGUCACUAUCAGAAGGCUUUGUAUCAGCUACUGGCUGUAGCUAAAUCAUCAACCCAGUCACCAUCUGGUCGGAACAUCCUUUUACCACUGCCAAGCUCAAAUAUGAAUGUUGACAUUAAAAUGAGCUCAGAACAGGUUUUAGAAUGGUCUCGUUACCAACAUGAAUACCAUGAGUUAGAAUAUAUUGCAAAGGGUGGCUUUGGUCAUGUGUACAAAGCUCGGAAUAAGUUAGACGGUGGUGAAUAUGCCAUCAAAAAAAUAUUUCUCAGGUACCGAUAUGUGGAAGGAUUCCUCAGAAGCCUUAAAGAAGUGAAGAUGCUUGCUCGACUUAACCACCCUAAUAUUGUAUCAUACAAAGCUGCCUGGCUGGAGCCAUUAGAUGAUGAUACUGCCAAAACUCACAGAUCUUCUCCCAGUAGUGAGUCUCAAGAAGCAUCUUUGUCUGUAGUUUCUUUAAAUGCUGAUUCUCGGUUCCCUCUCCCUCAAGCUUGUCCAGAAACAGCUGAUGAUUCUCUCGAUAUUGUAUUCCUUGAGUCUUCCUCUGAUACAAAAAAUAAAAAUGUCCCCAGCAGUGUUGUCAAACCAAAGCAAUCUGGAAGUCAUCCUCUUUCAAACAUCUUGGAGACAUCAGAAUCAACCAACUCUGACAACAGCAAUUCUCUCAACUCAUCUCUGCAACUCGGGAGUAGUGGUGAUUCAGGAAGCUCAAGUAGUACCUCAGGAAAAGCAGCAGUGUGUCCCAUGAAUGCUAAAGAAACUAAAAGAAAAAACUCAACUACUGUAAGAAAUUGGGCAACACUUUAUGUUCAAAUGCAGUUAUGUGAACGAACUUUGAGACAAUGGUUGGAUGUGAGGAAUGCUUCUUUGCCAGCUUGUCCUUUGUCUCCUGAUUCUAGUGAUGGAAAUCUGGCUCUUAAUCUUUUUCGAAAGAUAGUGAGAGGUGUUGAUUACAUUCAUGCCCAAGGCAUAGUUCAUCAUGACAUCAAACCCAGCAAUAUUUUUGUAAAUUCAAACUUGAGAGAAGUCCAAGUAGGAGACUUUGGAUUAUCGUGUUGUAUCCUCAGCAGAGUUGAUAGCACAGGUGUCAUAGGCGAACACCAUGGAGAAGUUGGGACGAGAAUGUAUGCAGCUCCAGAACAAUUACGGGGUAAAUGUUCUUCAAAGAGUGAUUUGUUCAGUCUUGGCAUUGUUUUUCUUGAACUGCUUCAACCAUUUCAUACUGAUAUGGAAAGAAGUAAAGUUAUCCACCAGUUAAGAGCAGGUCAGCUCCCAUCAGAAUUAACAACUAUGUGGCCUCAUGCUGCCAGACUGAUCAGUGAUUUGAUUACCUCAUCUCCAAUGGCAAGACCAACAGCAAGUGACCUUCUUCAACGUGUAGAUUCUUUGUUGCGGGCUUUCUUGGAACAUGACAUUCAUUCUCAGUUGGCUUCAAAAGAUGAAACCAUUCGACUAUUGAAAGAGGCUGUUGCAUCCAGGGACCAAGAAAUUGCGGAACUCCGACAAAGACUGUCUACAUUUGAAAAUAAACAGUAAACCCUCAAUUGUAAUAGUUUAUCAAGUUUGUAUUGAUAUGUCAUGAUAAAAAUGAAAGUAGCCCAUGGGCCUUAUUAAAAUUUUAGUAUUUUUA